GAAUAACAACAAGGAGUAUGACCUUGAGCAAAUUAGGCACUUUAGUCAUUAAGUUUAAGAGAAAAGUACAGCCGCGCUUAAAGCUAUGGAAAUGCAAUACGGUAUUCCUCACAGCUUUAUUAAUAUACUCUUAAAUGAGUUUAAUUCUGGUAAUGGCUCCUCUUCCGUUUUUCUCGGUCAACAUACUCAGUGUAUCAUUAAGCUUCUCAAAGAAAAUCCGUCGAUUGCUCUUGAACAUGAUUUGAUAAAGAAUUUUGGUCUUGAAAUGAUUAUAUUUAGUUUAUAUGUGCAUCUUUAUGGAACAAUGCUGAGAAGGGCAAACGUAAAAAGCAUCAUCUGCCAUAACUCACUCAAGAAAGAUGACAAAUUAAGACCAUCCCGUACAGAUAAAGCAUAUACAACAGUUGCCCAAAAAGAUUGUUUGAGUUGGAAAUUGUCUAGUAAAGUUGUUCAUCGGAAAAUAUAUUUACAUCUUCAACAGGUCUCUGCAUGGUUUCACCGCUUGCCUACAACAAUCUGCUAUUGUAAUUGGUAUUUAUUUACAGAAGGAGUGACGAGUAAACAGAUAAUGAUAGCAUUAUAA